CCGCCCGGUCCGGGCUGCAAGCGCCCGCCGGCCGCUUCCGCUCUCGGCGCAGGCGCGGCAGCUCGGCCGGAGAGCGGCGGGGGUCGGGCGAGGAGCGGACGGCGCUGGCCAGGAUGGUGCUGGAGAGCGUGGCUCGCAUUGUGAAGGUGCAGCUCCCCGCGUAUCUUAAGCGGCUCCCAGUCCCCGAGAGCAUUACCGGGUUCGCCCAGCUCACAGUUUCAGAAUGGCUUCGGUUAUUGCCUUUCCUUGGUGUACUUGCACUACUUGGCUACCUUGCGGUUCGUCCAUUUCUCCCGAAGAAAAAGCAACAGAAGGAUAGCUUGAUUAAUCUUAAAAUACAAAAGGAAAAUCCCAAAGUGGUGAAUGAGAUAAACAUUGAAGAUUUGUGUCUUACUAAAGCAGCUUAUUGUAGGUGUUGGCGUUCUAAGACGUUUCCUGCCUGUGAUGGUUCACAUAAUAAACACAAUGAAUUGACAGGAGAUAAUGUGGGUCCGCUAAUACUGAAGAAGAAGGAAGUAUAAUAGUAAUGAAUUAGAAUGGAAUUCAAUUGUGUGCUGUAAAAACUUAUAACAGUAUUUUUCCAUUCUUUGUUUAUAGAAGAUCUUUCAAAUGGUGGUCUUAAUUAUUGCUACUGGUUGAAUAAUUAUUUCUGCCAAUUUAUUUUCUUGUUACACUACUGUUUAUAUUUGAUACUUUGUAUAUUCAGUCAUUUAUAUAAAAAUUAAAUUGUGCAACCCUUUCAUUCUGACUUCAAAGAAUUAAUGUAUCUUCCUACAAUAAAACCAACAUGUUUAAAUUUUAAUUGAGAAAGCUUUUGACAGUGAGUCCAAAGCUGUUUGUUUGAAUGUCAAUAUUUUCAAAAGAAACUGUACUUUAAAAAUUUCUCUCUACAUUAUUAAAUAUAUUAUUUUUUAGUGCUCUUCUGUUUUGAUCAUUUGAAGUGAUUUUUCCCCUUUUGGCCUUCCGUAUUCCAUGCUUUUUAGAUCAAAAAGAAAACUAUUGCUGUCAAGAAUUGCUUGAGUUUUCAAAGAGAAACUCUUUACUUUAUAAAUAUUGUUCUCUAUAAAUAUGAAUAUCCCAAUUUCAGAAAAGACAGGAACUGGGUAUAAAAAGUUUCAACAAGGAACGAUUAUUUACAUUAUAAAAGACUUGUUUACUUUAUAAAAGACUUGUUUGUGUCUGCUUACGUGUGUUGUGUGUAUGUCUGACUCAGUGACAGGGUGGGGUGGCAAGAACACUUACAGCUAAACCCCGUGAGCUGCUGCAAUUUGAAGGUCAAUUAAAAAUAAAGUAAAUCUGAAUUUAUCUUAAGAUGAUAACAGUUCAGUGUUCAAAACUGAGUCUAUAUGAACAUUUUUCUCUUUAUUCCAGUGUAUACCAAUCAAACAUAAAAUACAGAAGGCUUGCAAAAUAAACUUCCUGGAGAAUCUUUAAAACUUGUAA